AUGGCUUCGAGAGAGACUGGCCGGCUGCCAGAGGUGGGCGCCAGCGCGGCUCACUUGGACACGAGUGCAGCGCCUUCGUCACCGACCUCAAGCCAAGGGUCGUGGGUGGUAGACCCAGACGACGGCUGGGAUGACAGCGGCAGCGCCAACGUUAGCCCUAACGAGCUAGCGCCAUCCGCGGCAGUGCCGCCCUCCCCUGAAUCUCCUCGCGGGGAGCACCACGGACGCACGACGCCGAGCUCGUCGCCGCUUCGAUCUUGGGCGCAGGUACCGAUGUCGCCCCCGGCCGCCGAGUACCCGGCCAUGACGACGAACACGGCCAACAGCCCUCCGCCUUCUCCCGGCAGCGUCAGAAGCCUCAAGAGCGCCGGCAGCGUGUCCAGCGGCGGCGGCGGCAGCAGUAGGGGGUCGGUGGCCGGCGAAGGGCUUGUGGCGCUGGCUCGCGACGAGAAUCCUACCCCCGACACGACGCCGCCGCUAACGUCCAACGUCAUGGAUACUUCUGACUCCGCCGCGCCGAGGGCAGUCGGGUCCCACUCGUCCCACUCCCCCGCGGUGCUGGUGCCGAGGUUGCUCCCCUUCGAGACGUUCGAAGCGCUCGAAGCCCAAGGGUUCUCAGGCGCGUGGGGGAGGGCGGGGGCGGGGUCGGCUUCCACGGGCCAGGGCCGCGAGGUUGACGGCGUUGGCGCUGCGACGGCGGGCAUGGACGUUUCUGGCUUCGCGGACCCUGCCGACGAGGCUUUCGUGAUGACGGCGGCUCCGGGGAUGACGGCCGCGGAAGCCGUGGAGGCGAUCGCCGAGGCGGCGGAGCUGACGGGGGUCACGCCGACGUCGGUGGUGCUCUCUCGAACGACCGUGUCCCCGUCGCGGGCGUCGAGCGGCCGCCCGUCGCCGAACGAGGGGGAGGAAAAGGCCGAAGGUGUCACGUUCCGACGGGCCAACAGCAGCCCGACGGCAGCGGCUGCCGCUGCCGCUGCUGCCAGGUUCCGAGCCAGGGAGCCCCUGCGAAACUUGUCGGCUUCCAGCACCGCCAACACCGCCGCUGCUGGUGCUGCAGGCGUUGCCCGUGUUCCCGACAUCGACCCGUCGAGGGAUGACUCGGUGACGGUGCCGGCAGCGUCGGGCAGCACGUGCAUCCCCAUGGACACCGCGGUCGGCAUGGGCGUCGACGUGGACGUUGACGUCGAUGUGGACGGCACGUACGACAGGCUGUGGCGUUGGACCGGCUUCCUGACGGCCGCGAAGAUGGGGGUCAUCCCCAUCAUCGUCUGCGCCACCGUAGCCGCUCUGUCGACCCAAUCCAGCAGCGGUGACCGUGGUGGCCGCGGGGGUGGGGGUGGGAGCGGGGGCGGCGGGCGCGGCGGCGGUGGCGGGGGAGGCACGCGGUGCAGCAGCCGCAGGCGUCCUCAGGGCGGGGGCGGCGGGGGCGGUUGCUUCCCCGACGUCCGCAUCGACCGCUGCGUGUACGGUGGCAUGCCCAUGCCAUACUGCGUCGCCCCCUCUGUCGCGUGCGCUUAGGUGCCUCGAGGGGAGGAUGAUGGUCCAGCAGCGAUCGGCAUCCGUGCACACGCGGUACUGGUACGUUGGCGGUCACGCUUGCGGUCGGGCUGAUGUGGUUGCGUUGUCUCCGGAUAGUGUGAGGCGUAAUCACUCGUAGCGUUUGAGGGUGGAUUGUGAGCAGCAACAGCAGACAGCAGUGUAGCGUCCUCCCUGUUGUUCCAUGACCAUGUGACGGUUGCAGAGUGGCAGACGGGCAAUAAUGGAAAUGAAAAAGGUCGAGUGGUCUUAAGGAUGAUAGACGCGGUGAAAGCGGUCGAAUCGAACUCGACGUGUGAAGCAUGUAGGAUGGAAUAUAUUGUGUACUAAGUGACGAGGGGUUCAACUGGGCGUAGGAAGGAGCGAGAAGGGGGUAGCCAGGUGUAGAGGGUGACGGGGUGGGACGUCGCAACGCGUUGAACUGGUGCACACAUUGCGGUCCUUGUUGGAAGCAUAGCAGUAUGAUAGCUUAUGGACGUCGAAUGUGUAGGGGGAUGUGGCGUCGGAUUCUUUCGUAGGAGGGAUUGGGGUCUCUCCGUAGGGUUGAUUGUUGAACUUGUGUACCACGACAUGUAUAAAAGACAAGCACUAGCUUGAGCGGAGGCGGAAAUUACAUCGCAAUGGGAAAUUUCUGAGAAUUGUGGGGGAACUUACUUUGUAAAUUAUUCGCCGAGAGGGUCGUGUACAGGACGGACGCCGUGUACAUAAAAUCAAAUUCAGGGGUCACCCACCGAAAUAUUGCAGCGUUGAAAACCCCUGUGGUGUCUCUCCUCUCAAGCUGGCUUGGAUGGGGCAGGCGUCAGGGCCGGACGUGGUUUCCCGCUCUAGCUUCUGUUGUGCCAAUCAUGCAUCUCACCAGCCGGAGCGGCAGCGACGAACAUUUUGGUGGUAUGUACAUAUCUUGGUCCCUUUUUGUCUUGUCUUCUUUGUAUACUACCGCUAUCGGGGUUAGUGUGGUCGUGCGAUCUAGGCGGGAAACGGUCUAACAAUUCGAGCAGCAGUAUCGUAGUAAUCACGUUUCCGGCUGCUAUAAUAGUGACCUUGCUGGUACAGUAGAGCAAGAGCUGACUACAGUAGGACGGCGCACGAUUCUUUUUCCAGAGAUGUCGGUAGCGGUUAACCCACCUGGCAGUGUCUCCAUUGAGUUUCAGUAGAUGAAAGAGCAGGAAGAGGCCAGACGGCGGAUGGCAGGAAGUGGGGGUGCGGGUAUGUACGGUGGUCGAUAUCUCCAG